UCCCCGCCGCCGCCGUUGCCGCCGCCACCGCAAGAAGAGAAGUCCGAGGCGGCUUCCUCCUCCCUGCCCGGAGGGGGCGGCGGGCAGAGGCGAGCAGCACCCCAGUUCUCCCCCACGUCGUCGGCACUUGUAGCUGCCGGAAGCCGGGGCUCAACCUCUAGCUCGGGUGUAGCGAGCUCCCCUCGGACCAGGUCUCCUGUCCCUUCCAAGGACCAUGCUGCAGCCCUGCUGACCCAGGAGUAGGGGCCUGAGGGCAGGGUACCUGGCAUGGGCUGUGUGUUCUGCAAGAAGGUGGAGCCGGGGUCCAAGGAGGAUGUUGACCUGGAAGAGAAAUUCAGGAGCCAUGGGGCUGCAGAUCACUAUGGCCCUGACCCCACUCAGUCCUGGCCUGCAUCCUCCUUUGCCCAGAUCCCCAACUACAACAACUUCUCCCCUCAGCCCACCAGCCCCGCCUUCCUCGAUGGUGGCACUAUCAGGGGCAUCUCAGGGACCGGGGUGACCCUGUUCACUGCCCUAUAUGACUAUGAGGCCCGGACAGAGGAUGACCUUACCUUCAACAAGGGCGAGAAGUUCCACAUCCUGAACAAUACUGAAGGUGACUGGUGGGAGGCUCGGUCCCUCAGCUCUGGACAUACUGGCUAUGUUCCCAGCAACUACGUGGCCCCUGUGGACUCCAUCCAAGCUGAAGAGUGGUACUUUGGAAAGAUCGGGAGGAAGGAUGCGGAGAGGCAGCUGCUUUCACCAGGCAACCCCCAGGGGGCUUUUCUCCUCCGGGAGAGCGAGACCACCAAAGGUGCCUACUCCCUGUCCAUCCGUGAUUGGGACCAGACCAGAGGCGAUCAUGUAAAGCAUUACAAGAUUCGCAAGCUGGACACAGGUGGCUACUACAUCACCACACGGGCCCAGUUCACUUCUGUGCAGGAGCUGGUGCAGCACUACAUGGAGGUGAAUGACGGGCUGUGCUACCUGCUUACGGCGGCCUGCACCACCAUGAAGCCGCAGACGCUGGGCCUGGCCAAGGACGCCUGGGAGAUCAGCCGCAGUUCCAUCGCUCUGGAGCGCCGGCUGGGCACCGGCUGCUUCGGGGAUGUGUGGCUGGGCACGUGGAACGGCACUACGAAGGUGGCGGUGAAGACGCUGAAGCCGGGCACCAUGUCCCCAAAGGCCUUCCUGGAGGAGGCGCAGAUCAUGAAGCUGCUGCGUCACGUCAAGCUGGUGCAGCUAUACGCAGUGGUGUCAGAGGAACCCAUCUACAUCGUGACCGAGUUCAUGUGCCACGGUAGCCUGCUGGAGUUCCUCAAGGGCCGGGAGGCCCAGGACUUGAGGCUGCCCCAAUUGGUGGACAUGGCAUCCCAGGUAGCUUCCGGCAUGGCCUACAUGGAGCGCAUGAACUACAUCCACCGAGACCUGAGGGCUGCCAACAUCCUGGUGGGGGAACAGCUGGCAUGCAAGAUCGCUGACUUCGGGCUGGCCCGCCUCAUCACAGAUAACGAGUACAACCCCCAGCAAGGGACCAAGUUCCCCAUCAAGUGGACAGCUCCAGAGGCUGCUCUGUUUGGCAGAUUCACCAUCAAGUCAGAUGUGUGGUCCUUUGGGAUCCUGCUCACUGAAGUUAUCACCAAGGGCCGAGUCCCCUACCCAGGCAUGAUUAACCGGGAAGUGCUAGAACAGGUGGAACGUGGCUACCACAUGCCGUGUCCCCCGGGCUGCCCAGUAUCCCUGUACGAGGCCAUGGAACAGACCUGGCGGCUGGACCCAGAGGAGAGACCCACCUUCGAAUUUCUGCAGUCCUUCCUGGAAGACUACUUUACCUCCACAGAGCCACAGUACCAGCCUGGGGAUGAGACAUAGCUCCAACAGCCAUCAGCCACCUCUUAGCAAGUGCCCACCAGCCCUUGCCAGUCCCCAGGGCUCCGGUCCCAAAGUCCCCAGGUAUAGAACCGUAUAGAGUCCUAGCAUGUCAGAGGAGACCAAGUGCUCUGACCCCAUCUAGGGAAACCCACUUGUUUUACAGAUGGGCAAAUAGAGGCUAAAAGCUCAUUCCACCACCACUCUGACCCUCGGCACUGUUUCUCCCCCUUCCUUCUUAAAUCUAAAUCCAGGACAACCCACUCAUUUACAGAUAGAGGAAAUGGAUGCUUACAGGGCAUAUCUCACCCACUCAGACCCCAAGCACUGUUUCUCCUCUUCUCAACUCAGGCCCUAUGUGCUUCUAGCCUCUCUUCCCUUGCCUCCCCAAAAUGCUUACAACUUGUCUAGUUAUUUAUAAAAUUAUGUAACCCUUCCCUCACUUAUCUCCUAUCCCUGCUUUCCUGCCCUCCUGUCAUCCCACUCUGGUCCAGGACCUAAGAAUUUACCUCCUACUAUCAGUUCUCUUGUGUAUGUAAGUUACAAAGAUGGGCAGUCUUUGCUGGACACCUUUCCUGCUGGCUGGAAGCUGUGGUCCAGGCCCAGAUUUGGGUUCAGCACCUCUCUGGAUAGUGUGUGUUUACUGAUUGAUAAGGAAAAUAAUAUGAAUCUUUGAACCAUGAAAAUUCCCUGAACCUUCCUUUGGGAGGGAUGGUGGCUGGUGCGAGGUGAAUAGAAUAGGUUUGGUCAUUGGGAGCAAGAGGGGAAGGUGAGCGAGCUCUAAUGCCUACCAAGCAUGGGACACAGAGGGUAUGGAGUUUUAGGGUGACAUCUCAAAGUUCCACUGACCGUCCCCAUGUGAAUUUAGGGUCAUUUGAAGGAUGGACACAAAGGACAGGCAACUGGAGAUAAGUCAAAAUGUCCCCCUGAUUGCUGAUGUGGCUUUCAGUCUGUGCACAAUGGAUUUGCUGAUUCUUCACUUGAUUUCAGCAGAUUUACCAGUCGUCACAGGCAUGUUGGGACAAUCUUUGGGCUUCCUCAGCAGAGGCAGAGGAAAAGACCACAGCUGGCUCUGCAGCUAUCAGAUUCCCCUGAAGAGGACAGAGGAAGAGGGAGGAAGGGGACAAGAUUCAUCUAGCUCAGUGGAUCUUGCUAGGGGAGUUCUGUCCCCAGGGAGCUUUCAAAGCAGUUUGGAAGCAGUUUUGUUUGUUACUGUGACCAGGGGCUCCUACUUGCUGGAAUCAGGAAUUCUAAACAACCUGUAAUUUCCCACUCUCCUUUGAGAAACUGGAACUAAUAUGCCUCCGUGUAGAAAGAGGGGAAGCAGAGAAUAAGGAUUCCCACCUCUCCCUUCAGGAAGUGUUUGUUGACCCUGGGACUUGUUAAGGGAAUGGAUGGGGGAGGAAUCUGGGAGCUCGGCACGGAUGUUGCAAUUGGCAAACAGUUCCUAGGCAUGGAUUCUGUGGUGGAUUUGCUAAGCAGGAGGCUGGGAACACAAACAUGAAUAAGAUCUGUCCCUGGUUUGAGGAAUUUACCUGGGCCGGGGAGGAAUAAUAGUACUAAGAAUAACAAGUCAUUUAUUGUCCGCUGAAUGUCAGAUGUGUUUACAUCCUUUUUUAAAAAAAAUUUAAUCCAGUCUUGAAUUUGCUUGUAUGAUUAGCCCCUUUGGUAGAAGAGAAAACUGAGGCUCAGGGGUUACAUGAUGCGACAUCGUCACAGAGCUGUAUGUGACACAGCCAGCUUUACACUAAAGCCCAGUGUUUCCACUCAACCUCAUUGCCUUGAGGCUUUGGGGAGAGAGUAUCUCUGCCGAGUCUGUGCAUGCGUGCGAGAGUGCGUGCGCGCGCGCAUGCGCUGUGUUCCUUGACUAUGUUGAAGUUAUUGGCAGAAAGAUUCCCUGGGAGUCCUCUGAAAUCAAGAGGCCUAAAGAAAUGGUGAUAAAAAUAAAUAUAAAUAAAUAAAUAAAUAAAUAAAUAAAUAAAACAGAAAUGGUGAUAAGCCCGUCAGGAUUCUCUGUGCCCAGCCUUGUGCUGGAGGCUGUUAAAAUGAAAGCAAGAGAUGGAGGCUACAAGUAGCUGCUCAGAUUGGUUAUUGUAGGAGUGGGAGCCGUAGCUCUGCAAAUUCUCAGGGGCCAAAGCUUCCUGCGGGCUAUAGCUUCUGGCCAACCAAACUCACAAGAGCCUGAUGUGUACUUCAGAGACCUGUGUUUCUACCUGCCACAGAGUUAGUAGCUAAGGCGACAGCUCUUGUAGUACCUGGCAUGGAUCCUGUUUUUACUAUACCCUGGCUGUGUGAUUUUGUUAAUUAAUCUCUCUAAGCCUCAAUGUGCUUAUCUGUAAAGGAGCAAUAAAAUGCUCAGGACACGUUAGCUCU